CAAGGUCCAUCAACCCUUAAAAGCCUCAAACGGCGGUCACGAUUUCACGCAUGUCGUUUCAGCGUCUUCCUUCCAAAAAACCCUAGGUUAGUUACCAUUCCAAUCUUGUUGGCUUCGUCUCCAUGCCACCACGAAGAAUGGCAUCCAUGGAUGAGUCGAAGAAGAGGAUGCUCGUUGGUAGUACUGAUCUUGUCGACGACGAAGGUGCCGAUUAUGGCGAGCCCUCAAGCCUCCAAACUGAGAAGCAACUGCGAUUGCUUCUUGCACCUUUCGGAAAGGACCAGCUCAUUGAUUUUGUUGUCAAGAUAGGUUUGAACUUUCCUGAGGUUGCUGAAGAAAUUAGAGGUGUAGCAAGUACUAACUCUGUACAUCGCAAACUUUUUGUUCGUGGCUUGGCUUGGGAAACUACUUCAGAAACUUUGUGUGCUGCCUUUUCUAUGCAUGGUGAAAUUGAGGAAGGAGCCGUUAUAGUUGACAAGGCAACUGGAAAGUCUCGUGGUUUUGGCUUCAUCACAUACAAGAACCUGGAGUCUACUCAAAAAGCAUUGGAAGAACCAAGCAAAUUGAUUGAUGGCCGCUUAGUUGUAUGCAAUCUAGCUUGUGAAGGACUCAGCAGCGCAACUGUCAGUGCUGAUUUAGCAUUGAGAAAAAUAUACGUUGGAGGUUUGUCUCCAGAUACAUCAACUGAGGAAUUGCUCAAUUUCUUUGGAAGGCAUGGGGAGAUAGAAGAGGGAUCAGUUGCAUAUGAUAAAGAAACCAAUGUAUCAAGGGGAUUUGGUUUUGUGACGUACAAGACCACUGAGAGUGCAAAGAAGGCCAUGGGUGACACAAAAAAAAUGCUUGGGGGAAGGAGCAUCACUGUGAAGCUUGCUUUUAUACAGCACAAGGGCAGACUAAUGCAACCUCAGGUGUUACCCAUAGCCAUACCCAUUUCAUCCAAGUCACAGAACAAGAGGUCAAGAGCAUCUGUCACCUAUGCUCCUUAUGUAUACAGUAGCCCUUACGCCGGUGCACCGCAACACUAUGUAGUACAGUCUCAAGUCCCAUAUGCACAGGUUAGUGGAAAGGAUCAUUAUGGAAUUCCUUCAGCUUCUCCAACUGGAGUCUCUGGUUAUUCAUACUACGCCCCAAAACCUUGAGUUGGUAGCCUUGUUAUUAGAGUCCGAAGUCGUAAAAGCUUUGCCUUUCAGCAGACGUGCACUGUUAUGAUUCGGAUUAUCAUCUGUGUAGGUUAGCCACUGUAGUAGGUGAGACAUUAAUGUUUAUGAGAAGUAUUGACUGGCAGCUUAGUUAUGUGAUUGCAUUUUAUUGAAAUGAGUGUUACUGCCUGAUACUAAUGCUUUGAAGCAGUAUCUUUUGAGUUCAAAAUGUGCAUUAGUAACAGGAAUUUU